AUGUCGACGCGCCUGAACAACCUGCUGCAGCACAUCGCUGUGAGGGAGAGCGACAGCGACACGAUGCGCCACGUGAAGCAGCGCAUGGCGAUGGCGUCCCUCGCGAGCCAGUUCACGGUGGGCAAGCACCACCUCAAGCAGCUGAUGCUGUACAUGAUCCACGAGAUGAUCGAGGGGCUUGAGGGCCGCGAGAGCACCCUGCGAAUGCUGCCUUCGUACGUGUACAAGGCGGACCCCAGCAAGGCGACAGGCGCCUUCUACGCGUUGGACCUCGGGGGAACGAACUUCCGCGUGCUGCGCGUGUCGUGCAAGGAUGGCCGGGUGGUGAGCCGCACAGACUCCAAGUUCGUGAUCCCGCAGCAGGCGCUGCAGGGGGACGCGACAGACCUCUUCGACUUCGUCGCGAGGAGUGUGAAGAAGAUGAUGGAGGAGAAAGCGCCAGAGGACCUGAACCGCACCGUGCCGCUUGGCUUCACCUUCAGCUUCCCGACGGAGCAGAAGAGCAUCAACCAGGGCGUGCUGCUCAAGUGGACGAAGGGCUUCGCGACGAGGGGGGUGGAGGGCAAGGACGUGGUGGAGCUGCUGCAGGCCUCGCUGAGGCGUGUGCACGUGAAGGUGGAUGUCGUGGCGCUCUGCAACGACACCGUCGGCACCCUCAUCGCCCGCUACUUCGUCGACCCCGACGCGCAGGUGGGCGUGAUCAUUGGCACCGGCUCCAACGCGUGCUACUUCGAGGAGGCCUCCGCGGUGAAGAAGUACCCCGCCGUGUCCGCGCGCGGUGAGCUGCAGACGGUGGUCAACAUGGAAUGCGGCAACUUCGACUCCAAGUACAAGUUCGUGCUGCCGAUCUGUGCGUACGAUGAGGCGAUGGACGCCACCACGCCGAACUGCGGCUUCCAGAUGCAGGAGAAGCUGGUGUCCGGCAUGUACCUUGGCGAGCUCGCCCGCCGCAUGCUUGUGCACCUCGCCGAGCUGCGCUGCCUGCCGGUUGUCCUUGCGUCCGCGAUGGCCAAGCCGUGGAGCUUCGAGACGAAGUUUGUGGGCAUGUUGUCCGCGGACCGCAUGCCAGGGCUGCAGUUCACGCGCGGCGUGAUCCGCAAGCUGUUCCGCGUGGACUUGACGAGUGUGGAGGACCUGCACGUGGUCCGCGACGUCUGCUGCCUGGUGCGUGGCCGCGCUGCGCAGAUCAGUGCCACGUUCUGCAGUGCGCCGCUCGCGAAGACGCACAAGCAGGGACGCGCGACGGUCGCUGUCGAUGGGUCUGUGUACGAGAAGACGCCGUCGUUUCGCCGCCUGCUGCAGGACAAUAUGAACGCCAUUCUCGGUGCUGAGUGCGACGUGACAACGACGCUUGCGAGGGACGGCAGCGGCGUCGGCGCCGCCUUCAUCUCCGCGCUGGCCGUCAGCGACAAAUAG